AUGAUCAACCAGAUUAUCAAAACGUGCAAGCGUUAUUUGACUCAAGACGGCACAAAGUCCAUGUGGGAUCAGGACAAUGACGAAAUCAUCGCCCGAAUGACCGAUUGCAUUGAGGUCAAUCUUGCUUACCAGUCUGCCUAUCGAGCCACUCGGGAGGAGAUGAUUCAGUCCAAUGAAAAGCUUAUAUUCAACUUCUCGGAAGUGCAAAUAUUCGGCAACAUGAAUCUCUUCACCCAGCGUCUUGAUUACCUUACAAGGGUGCUCAAAACUUUGAAGCAAUAUUCGCUAAUCCGUGACUUCGUCCUCGAAGAUGUGAUCAUUCUGUACGUUAUUGACUGCAAGGGAAAAUUCACCGAACCCUCAAAAACCACUCUGCAUUGUUACUUUGCAAUCUUUUGUCUUGUUAUUAUGCGGACGAUCAACUUGUCGGCGAAGAGCAUUUGCGGAUUCAUGAAAGUCGAAAAGACUAAUAAGGACUCGGAGACUCUUGAAAAUGUCGCCAAUGGAAAACCUACCAUAUCUUAUUUUGAUGGCGAAAUUAUUAGCCGGCAGUUCCCAUUUGUGACGGGAAAGUGGGGUGCUACCAUCGAAACGGAUACUAACCACUGGAAUGAGCUCAAUGUGAUGGCGCGCUUUCCGAAUUACUACAGAGAUAACUUCGAUUACUCGCAGUUGGAAAACUUUGAUCAUGUAUACAUGCGGUGGAAAGAGAAGUUUAUUUUGGGAGAAUCAAGCAAAGCUGAUGAGAAAAAACCACCCACAGGAUUUUAUUACAUUUGCUUACAAAAAUCUACCGGUGAACUGACAGGUUACUUUUACAACAAAGCCUCUGAAAGGUUGCAAUUGUUAGAGUUAAAGUACGAACCCCGUCCAACGUCGACCUCGUUCCUCAUUCGUUAA